AUGGAUCCCGAGGGUGCCCACCAAGAAGGGCACCCCGCCAAGGUAACCAAGGUUUCCUCUGAUCGUCCUCUUCCCCAUCUCGGACUUCUCACUCUGAGGGUGGCGGUGCUUGCAGAGGCGGCGGCCAUGGCGGGCGGUGCUGACGCUGGCCUACCAGAGCUUGGGGGUGGUGUACGGGGACCUGAGCACCUCCCCCCUGUACGUCUACAAGAGCACCUUCGCCGAGGACAUUGAGCACUCGGAGACGAAUGAGGAGAUCUAUGGGGUCCUCAGCUUCGUCUUCUGGACGCUCACUCUGGUUCCCCUGCUCAAGUACGUGUUCAUCGUGCUCAAGGCGGAUGACAAUGGCGAGGGGGGCACCUUCGCCCUCUACUCCCUCCUCUGCCGCCACGCCCGCGUGGGCUUCCUCCCCAACGGGCAGCUCGCCGACGAGGAGCUCUCCGCCUACAAGCGGCGCGACGGCUCUGCUUGCCGGGAGGCGCCGCCGCAUGGGCCGGCGGCGAGGAUGAAGAGGACCCUCGAGAGCCACCGCGUCUUGCAGACCCUCCUCCUAUUCCUGACCCUCGUCGGCACCUGCAUGGUUAUCGGCGACGGCGUCCUCACUCCGGCGAUCUCAGGUCACCGUUCAGCCCCUGCAAUUCGAGCCCGCUCUGCCGCCGCCAUCUUUCUUUAUUCUCACGUCCCUCGUUUCCCCUUCUCACGCAGUGUUCUCGGCGGUUUCCGGCCUCGAGCUCUCAAUGACCAAGGAGCACCAUAAAUGUGAACCUCCUUCCUCCUCCUCCUCCUCCUCCUCCUCCUCUGGAAUUGGUUAGGGCUAGCUAGCGAGCUGCAGGGCAUCACCAUGAAUCUCAUCUUGCUUCAAUUCCGCAGAUGUCGAGGUCCCCGUGGCCUGCGUGGUUCUAGUGUGCCUCUUCGCCCUCCAGCACUACGGCACUCAUCGGGUCGGCUUCCUCUUCGCGCCAGUCGUCGUCGUAUGGCUUCUCUGCAUCAGCUCCAUCGGCGUCUACAACAUCUUUCACUGGAAUCCGCACAUCUACCGAGCCUUCUCCCCCUACUACAUGUACAAGUUCCUGAAGAAAACCCAGAGGCGGGGCUGGAUGUCCCUGGGCGGCAUCCUCCUGUGCAUAACCGGUAGGGGUUGUCGGCUGAAAAAGAAGCUAAAUUUCUUUUUGUCUGAGUUCUUCUUGAUUCUUUAGUCACUGAAUUCAUUUCACUUUUGGAGAUGGCAGGUUCCGAGGCUAUGUUCGCAGAUCUUGGGCACUUUUCCCAGCUAUCGAUCCAGGUUUGUACCCUGCAAGAUGAUCUCUCAUGGUUGGUUCAUCAGUCUUGAUCGCCAGGUUGAUGAUUAAUAAAAUUUGUGACCCAUUUAUGUCCGGCAAGUCUUCCUUUCUAGAUAUCCUUUUUUGACGUUUUUUUUGAAUUUUUUAUGUUUUUCUGAUUACUUCGAUGUCUGAAUUCCCAAUUCCUGAUUGAUGAGAGGGAAUUAUUUUCUUAUCAUGGUUAUAAUUUGUUGAAGCAGCAACAUUCAAGGGGCAAGAAAAUAUGAUAAAAUCGGAUGAGAAAAUAUCUGAGAUUGGCAGCACCAGCGACAAAUCAAGUUGAUUAUCCGGAUAUCACCAAUCUGGCAAAACAAUAAAUAAAAAAUCAUGGAUUUAUUUUUUUAAAAAUUUUGAGCGUAUCUUUUUCGCAUCUCUAGAACGUUUUGAAGAAGAAGCCUUUUAGACAUGAAUACUUUAGCACAUUUUUACCAGUCUCCCCUGAUUUAAAGAACAUUAUAUCGUAAUCAACAAUCUUUGAUGAUGGACAUAUGCUUCUUAGUCCUAUAUAAUUUGUAAGAAGAGCAUGAAUUUUUUGUUCCUCCCAACUGACGGGAAAUUUCUCCUUUGCAGAUCGCCUUUACCUCUGUUGUCUACCCAUCCCUGCUCCUAGCUUACAUGGGCCAGGCGGCGUAUCUCUCCAAGCACCACGGCAUCGAGAAUGAGUACCACAUUGGAUUCUACGUUUCUGUUCCAGGUGCUUAUUAUUUUGGGCCAGUUCUUCCAAAACCCACCAACUGUUGCCAGGUUUUGUGUGCUUACUCUCUGAUCUUCUGCCCUCAGAGAAGCUGAGGUGGCCAGUCCUGGCGAUAGCCAUACUUGCUGCGGUGGUGGGCAGCCAGGCCAUCAUCACCGGAACCUUCUCCAUCAUCAAGCAGUGCACCGCUCUGGGGUGCUUUCCCCGGGUGAAGAUCGUCCACACAUCGUCCAAGGUGCAUGGGCAGAUCUACAUUCCGGAGAUCAACUGGAUCCUGAUGAUGUUAUGCCUGGCUGUAACGAUCGGCUUCAGGGACACAAAGAGAAUGGGAAAUGCCUCUGGUAUAAAACGGCCUUUACUUCCAUACAUUCUGAUGUAGACGCUGUUCUUGAUCCUCAUCAGUAUGCUUCUUUUUUAAAAAAAAAUCUUCAGGUCUGGCUGUGAUCACGGUGAUGUUGGUGACCACCUGCUUGAUGUCCCUGGUGAUAGUCCUGUGCUGGAACAGGAGCAUCUUCCUGGCCUUGGGCUUUGUCAUCUUCUUCGGCUUCAUCGAGGCCCUCUACUUCUCUGCAUCCCUGGUCAAGUUCCUGCAAGGUGCCUGGGUCCCCAUCGUGCUGUCCUUCAUCUUCAUGGUGGUAAUGGGUGUCUGGCACUACGGUACACUCAAGAAGUACGAGUUCGAUGUCCAGAACAAGGUCUCCAUCAACUGGCUGCUCGGCCUCGGCCCGAGCCUGGGCAUCGUGCGGGUAAGGGGCAUUGGCCUCAUCCAGACAGAGCUGGUCUCAGGGAUACCGGCGAUCUUCUCCCACUUUGUAACCAAUCUGCCCGCAUUCCACGAGGUACCCACCCAUGAAGAACUCUGCUCCUGAGACUAAUCAUUCAUGGUUAAAUUCACGACAAGAUUUCCCAAACUUUUUAUCUGGGUGGUCGCUCAAAUUCUCUGUUUGACUUUCUUUGUAUCUGAAAUUUUCUUGAAUUGGUGAACUUGAUCCAGGUUCUCAUCUUUCUCUGCAUCAAGUCUGUCCCGGUGCCUCAUGUCCGGGCUGACGAGAGGUUCCUCAUUGGCCGUAUCGGCCCGAAGGAGUACCGGCUUUACAGAUGCAUCGUUAGAUAUGGAUACCGCGAUGUGCACAAGGAUGAUGUGGAGUUUGAGAUGGACCUGGUUUGCAGCAUAGCCGAGUUCAUCCGAUCGGAGAAGCCUGAGGCGAAUGGGGAUGCCGAUGAGUCGGAGAAUGGGACUGAGAAAAUGGCAGUUGUCAGCACAGGGAUUCGGCUGUGCGAGGACUCACCCAAUGCUGAGGGUUCUGCAGGCCCCUCGGAGAGAAGAGAGAUCCGCUCCCCGAUGAUCAUGCCCAGGAAAAAGGUGAGAUUUUUACUCCCAGAGAGCCCCAAAAUGGAUGCGAGGUCCGCCCAGGAGCUACAAGAGCUGACUGAGGCCAGGGAAUCCGGGAUGGCCUUCAUACUCGGGCACUCCUACGUGAGGGCAAAGAAGGGCUCUAGCCUGUUCAAGAAGCUGGCGAUCGAUGUGGGCUAUGAUUUCUUGAGGAGGAAUUCUCGCGGCCCUUGCUACGCAAUGAGCGUCCCCCACGCAUCGACCCUCGAGGUGGGGAUGAUCUGCUAUGUCUGA